CCACUCCAAAAACAAGAGAGAGGUAAUUAGAAGAAAAAAGGAAGCAAUUAAUUAACAACAUGAAGAAGAUGGCAAUCAGUACUAGCAUUGUUUUUCUGGUCGCAGUUAUCCUGCUGGCCAGUACUACUACGACUCGCCCAGCCGAAGCCAGGAAGAAAGUGAAGGUGCCGGUGCUGUGCAACAAACACAACUUCAACAGCACCGACGAGCCUCAGGCCACGGCGGCGAGGGACGAGAUUCUGGGCCGCUUGGUAGGGGUGACCAGCUCGCAGCCGAAGAAGAAGCGGUUCUGCACCUCCACCGACGUCGACGGCAGUGGGUACACCAUCACCGGCCUGGCCACCUGCGCCGCGCGGUUCGAGGAGUGCUCCACGUGUCUCAACAGGGCCAAGGAACUUCUGAACCAGAAGUGCAGGAGCGGAAGCGGGGGCCAGAUCAAUUUGGUUGAUCAGAAUCCCAAAUGUUCCGUCAGAUAUGAGAAGGAAGACAAAUUCUGCUAAAGCUUACAGCUACUUUAUCGGGGAAAAAAGUAUGUUGUGGUUUGUUGUGUUGUGUUGUACCGUUAGUGACACUACUUUAUUGACAAAAAAAACUGGUGUGCUGUGCAGAAGUAUUUGCCAGUGUCUGUUAGGCGUUGGCACGGGUUCUUGGACGAAUGAAGCAGCACAUAUCAUAUCAUGGCUCAUGCUUAGAAAAGGUAAAAACUGAAAUGAGGAAGUGGUUUGGACUGACCGACCACCAGUUUUCCUUGUACAUCAGUUACUUCAUGAUAAUGUAUUAAGCUCCAGUAGCUAAUAAAAUUCCUCCAAGGUU